UGCGUGCGCGUGCGCGAAGCGGUAUAGAAAGAGCGAUACGUCAUUUCCUGUUGCUUUAGGGGAACGUGGCUUUCCCCGCAGCGCCAGUGUCUUUCUAUCUGCGUCCUGCUGUUGCGGCUGGAGCUAAAGUCGGAUCCCGAACGCACCUUCGCCAUGGACUCGGCCCUCAGCGACCCGCACAACGGCAGCGCCGAGUCAGGCAGUCCAACCAACGGCACGACGCGACCGCCUUCCACGCCCGAGGGCAUCGCGCUGGCCUACGGCAGCCUCCUGCUCAUGGCGCUGCUGCCCAUCUUCUUCGGCGCUCUGCGCUCUGUGCGCUGCGCCCGCAGCAAGAAUGCUUCAGACAUGCCCGAAACAAUCACCAGCCGGGAUGCUGCCCGCUUCCCCAUCAUCGCCAGCUGCACGCUCUUGGGGCUCUACCUCUUUUUCAAAAUAUUCUCCCAGGAGUACAUCAACCUCUUGCUGUCCAUGUAUUUCUUCGUGCUGGGAAUCCUGGCCCUGUCCCACACCAUCAGCCCCUUCAUGAAUAAGUUUUUUCCAGCCAACUUCCCAAAUCGACAGUACCAGCUGCUCUUCACACAGGGCUCUGGGGAGAGCAAGGAAGAAAUCGUCAAUUAUGAAUUUGACACCAAGGAUCUGGUGUGCUUGGGCCUGAGCAGCAUCGUUGGUGUCUGGUACCUGCUGCGGAAGCACUGGAUUGCCAACAACCUUUUUGGCCUGGCCUUCUCCCUCAACGGGGUAGAGCUCCUGCACCUGAACAAUGUCAGCACUGGCUGCAUCCUGCUGGGUGGACUCUUUAUCUACGAUGUUUUCUGGGUAUUUGGCACCAACGUGAUGGUGACAGUGGCCAAGUCCUUUGAGGCACCAAUAAAAUUGGUGUUUCCCCAGGAUCUGCUAGAGAAAGGCCUCGAAGCAGACAACUUUGCCAUGCUGGGACUUGGGGAUAUCGUCAUUCCAGGAAUCUUCAUUGCCUUGUUGCUGCGUUUUGACAUUAGCUUGAAGAAGAAUACCCAUACCUACUUCUAUACCAGCUUUGCAGCCUACAUCUUUGGCCUGGGCCUUACCAUCUUCAUCAUGCACAUCUUCAAGCAUGCCCAGCCUGCUCUCCUGUACCUGGUCCCUGCCUGCAUUGGUUUUCCCGUCCUUGUGGCACUGGCCAAGGGCGAAGUAACAGAGAUGUUCAGCUACGAGUCCUCGGCGGAAAUCCUGCCUCAUACCCCGAGGCUCACCCACUUCCCCACAGUCUCGGGCUCCCCAGCCAGCCUGGCCGACUCCAUGCAGCAGAAGCUAGCUGGCCCUCGCCGCCGGCGCCCGCAGAAUCCCAGCGCCAUUUAUGAGGAGUCAAACCCUAAGGAUCCAGCGGCAGUGACAGAAUCCAAAGAGGGAACGGAGGCAUCAGCAUCGAAGGGGCUGGAGAAGAAGGAGAAGUGACGUGGCUGGUAUCUGACCCUCUAAGGGCCAGACCAGACCGGUGGGGGAUGGCCCCAAUUGUUGUGUGUGAGCAGAGGGCACUGGAGGCUGAGGGCAGCUCCAGGAUGGGGAGGGAGUAGCAGGAUCCCUCCAGCAGGCCCUCUUUGGCCUCUGUUUCCCUUUCCCCUUCCUGGCUUUCCUCUCCUCCUCCACAUCCCCUGCAGGCAAAGGAAGCCCCAGUUUCCCCCACUACCCAGGAGCCAGGUGGGAAAAGUGGGUGUGAUUUUAGAUUUUUGUAUUGUGGACUGACUUUGCUUCACAUUAAAAACUCAUCCCAUGGCCGGGGCAGGCCACUGUGUUCCUGGAA